GGGGGGGGGGGGUGGUCAGGUGACUCCGGUGGGCCGCCCAAGAUGGCGCCCGGCCUGCGGAGCCCGAGGAGGGAGGUUGACUCGUAACCAGGCAGCGGAGGGGCGCGCUGAGGCGGGGGGCGCCCGCGCCGGAGCUCCGCCGCCCCUGCCCCGGCGCCUGCGGCACAUGCGUUGGCUGGGAAGGGCUAUGAUUUUCCUCGGCUGCGCCUGAGGCUCUCGCUAAGGCCAUGGCUCUGAGGGAGCUGAAAGUUUGUCUGCUGGGGGACACUGGUGUGGGCAAAUCAAGCAUUGUGUGGAGAUUUGUAGAAGACAGCUUUGAUCCCAACAUUAAUCCAACGAUAGGAGCUUCAUUUAUGACCAAGACUGUACAGUAUCAGAAUGAGUUGCAUAAAUUCCUAAUUUGGGAUACAGCUGGACAGGAGCGGUUCCGUGCUUUAGCCCCAAUGUACUACAGAGGAUCAGCUGCAGCCAUUAUAGUGUAUGACAUCACGAAAGAGGAAACUUUCUCAACGUUAAAGAACUGGGUGAAAGAACUUCGACAGCAUGGACCUCCAAACAUUGUUGUAGCUAUUGCAGGAAAUAAGUGUGAUCUUAACGAUGUAAGAGAAGUCAUGGAAAAAGAUGCUAAAGACUAUGCAGAUUCCAUCCAUGCAAUAUUUGUAGAGACAAGUGCGAAAAAUGCAAUAAACAUUAAUGAACUCUUUAUAGAAAUUAGUCGUAGAAUUCCGUCAACUGACACCAACCCCCCAUCUAGUGGUAAGGGCUUCAAACUUAGAAGACAGCCAUCGGUGACAAAGCGCAGCUGCUGUUGACUGAUUGCUUAGAAAAUCAGACUUGUUUAUACAGUAGGUGGUCUUGGAAGUUAAUAGUUCACGUUGGGUUUAUAUUAUCAGUCUUAGAUCUCUAUCUGCUGGUGUUCAUACACCCAAGGUCCCACAAAAAUGGGCCAGUCCAUCUAACAUCUAUAUGCUUGCAGAAAAGGCUGCAAUCAUAAUGUCAGCCUGUUUACUUACAAAAUGUGUAGUAUCUCUUGUAUUCAAAGGGAAUCCAUCAUCACUUUUUUGGCCUUGCUUGAAAUGAAGGUGACUAUAUGGAUGGUAGAACUGAAAUGUUUAAUAGUCUUGUAAUCAGGAUGAUGUUUUUCGUAAAAAGGGAAAUGAGCACUUUUGUUGGACUUGGGGGUGGGAGGAAUCUGUUGAAAUUUGAAGUUAGUCAGAUGGCAUUUCUUCCUUUUCUUCAGUGAGCCUUAUUUUAAAUGUAAUUGUAGCUAAUCCAAAGUAUACUGGGACAGUUGGUUUGAGGUGGCUACAAAAUAAGCAACUGAAGACAGAUAAAGAGCAAAUUGGUCCAUCCAGUCCCCAAAUCCCAUUUGCACUUUUUAUUUAAAGAUAUUACGUGGGGCAGGGGGAACAAAAGCAACAGCCUGUAAACCACAGACAAUCUUUUUCACAUGCUGACUCUAAUCACUUUAAGGCAAACUGAUAAAGUUAUAGGCAUCUUUCUGUUUUUACAAGCUUUUUUUAAUAUUAAAAUGUUGGUAGAAGAAAACCUAACUGUACUUCUGACUAAAUUAACUGGUUACUGACUAAAAACAGGUGCUGUCAAUAGUUCUGGUAAGAUUUAAAAGGUUUGGGGAAAGCUUUUAACUGCUUGGCAUGUGUAAAGUGUUCAUAUUAUAUUUAUGAGACCAAUGUUUAAAAUAUAAAUUAUAUAAAAACAGUAAAAUAAUGCAGUUAUAUUCAUUCCUUCCAUUCCACACCUGUGGAUAAACUCCUGAGGAUCACCACUUCCCCCCCCCCCCCUUGCAUAUUAGGUGUUAUCUCUGACAGUGACUUUACCCAGAGGCAGGCUGAAAUUCAUUCUUUAGAUCACACUCGAAAAGGCCAAUAGAGACUACUGUUGGUGCAGUGUGAGGUCUGUCUGAGCAAGUACUCAUCUGUGGUGCACCCCUCUUUCCUGUUUUGAAUGCAAAAAUACAAAUAGGAACUAAACUGAAAUCGUAUGGUAAUGUAGAUCAUUACCUGUUGAUUCCUGGGCUUUUUCAUCUGUGAGAAGUUUUUUUUCUUUAGCAAAUCAGCUUUUAGCUUAUUGUGCUGGUUUUAGUACGCUUUCAAUUAAAAUAUAGAUUGACAAUACCCUACUGUGCUAUUUUAUUUAUUUUUAUUUUUUCCUACUAGCACUAGUGAGGAAUUUCAUACUUUCAAAGAAAGAGCUUACUAAACUCAAGUAUAUACUAAAAUAUACUUUCUAGCUUUAGUAUCAAAAUGAAUUCGUGUUGAUGAUGCUUGCUCUGUAUUUGUGGUUUGGCUUUCUGUCAUCUCAAGUAUUUUCUUUCAUUCUUCAAUGCUUCCUUCAGAGAACUUCUACUUCAGACUAGUUUGUAUUAUUCAAAAUUCUUGCAGAGUUAUUCUGGAGCAAAACAGUUAAACCAUUACAGUGAGAGAUUUUAAAUAGAUCAGUACAUUUUAAUGGAAUUUGGUGACUACGUUUUUCAUUAUGCCUGUUACUUACAGCUGCAUAGCCAAGUAUGCCCUUUCUUUGCUGCAGUUGUACAGGCUUCAUACGUAUAGAAUGCCUAAGAAGUAUAUCUUCAUCAAACAAAGCCUGUUUGAAGCCCUUUUGGAAACACUGGGCCUUAACAAAGUAUGUCAUAGUAGAGUCAGAUUUGUGUUCAGUAUUCAGCCUUUUGUAUAAUAUUUUUGUGUGUAAUUUGAAUGAAAUAAAUUAGGAACAGAAUUUUGAUACUUUUACAAUUUUUAAAUUAAAAAAUGUAGACUAGCAGUUGGAUGCAUAAUAUUCAUAAUUAUUUCAGCAACUUGCACAGUGGCAGUCCAUGAAAAUGAAAAUCUCUAAUUUCUUUGUAAAAUCCCACUUCUUACUCCUGGCAAAUUAAAAAACUUAUGUUUAAGAAACAUUUUUGAAGCUAGUUUAAAAUAGGUCUCAGAUACUGUACUCUUGGGACACUUCUGUGCUGUAAAGCGGAAUUUAUUUCAAAAUGACAGGUUAUUUUGGAGUGGUGAAUUUUGUACACUUGACAGCAUCAGAGCAUACCAUAAUCACUUUAUAGUCCUGUGUCGUCAUUAUAGAUCUCUAACUUCUUUCUAACUUCCAAGCAAGUUUAUAAAAAGAGAUUCUGCAUAUAGUUGGUUCUCUACAACUGUUAUGACCUUGUUACCACUUCCCUUUUCAGUAUUACAUUGUCAUGUUUUUUUCAGCAAGCCACUGGUGUUCACAAUGUUUCAGAAGUCUAUUUUGUACCCAAAAACUGGGUGCUUUAGUGUCUUAACUGUAAUACAGAAAAUACUGUGUUUAACAGUUUUAGUAAUAAAUCUGGAGAUUUUCUUCAACUUGGAAAUAUUGUAGAAGGAAAGCCUGAUAUCAGAAAUAUUUUUCAUGCAGAUUAGUAGAAUAAGGAAUUUCAAACUCUCCCUCUGAAUUAUCAUUGUUGUAUACUAGCAUGGUGUGAAAAAUGGACUUCUCUCUCACUGGAAAGCAGACUUAUAAUUGGUUUAAUAGUAUUUGAACAAUCUUUAUUGACUUUAGAAGAAAAUCUUUGAUGCUAGGUUGGACUGAGUGAGGCUAGUAUUGAUAUCCAGUCCUCUUAGCAAAUCACAGAAUGGCUGAGGUGGUAAGGGACCUCUGGAGAUCAUGUAGUAUAAACCCUCUGCUCUAAUAGGGUCAUCUAUAGCAGAUUGCCCAAGAUUGUCUCCAAACAGCUUACAGCUUUUGAAGCUCCAAGGAAGGAGACUCCACAACCUCUCUGGGCAACCUGUUCCAGUGCUCUUUAUAAAUUUCUUUCUAAACUAUCCUCAUUUGUUUGAUAUACACUAGUAAUACACUUUUUUUUUUAAGGCUACAAAAGUGGCAUUGUGUUUGGGCAAUCUGGCCACUGUCAUAUGUAACUAAAUGCUGAUGCCCUGUACUCCUUUGUUUUGUUACCAGUGUGGAUGGAAUGCCUGCAUUCUUCAUAUCUUUAUGCAGUUCUAAUCUUGAGUUGCUCCAGUUAAUGCAAACAUGGAAGUGACCAGUGUUUCAAACUGUCCAGACUAAUGUUUAACAAGUUAUUGAGGCUUUUAAAAACAUGUCUAUUUAAAAUGGUAGCCUGUUGAUGCAAGUUUUUUUUCAGCCAACAUAAUGGUUUAUUGAUCAGUUGACCGUAAGUGAAAGCUGAAAUGUAAUCUUCCCUGGAUGAGACAUGCAUAUUGUUCAUUGUUUCAUUUUUGUUAGAGAAAAAAAAUUUUUAAUGCUAAUUCUUUAUUAAUAUAGGCCAUCCACUUUGAUGUUGCACUAGGUCUGCUGAAAUUGAUCAUAUAGUCCCAAAAUAGCUUCUGUAUUAGGAGACUGUGUAGCCUUUGAGUAUUCAGAGUGCUGAUUAUCAACCAUUCCAGCUAACUCUUUAAUAAUGCUUUUCUGCUGAGAAGCUGUUGAAAAAGCUCAGGACAUAAAUUUUAUUGCAGUAUAUCUCUUUGUUUAAUGACUGGAGUUCAUUCCAGAGACUAGAUAUUUGGAUAUUUUUAAAGUGAAUAAUUACUGCAAAUCAUACUAGAAAGGAAGCAUGUUACAUAUGUAGAAAGGUAACAAGGUACAUAUCAUUUUAUUGCUCCAGAGCAUUUUUAUAACUGACAAAAUAUGAUUAUUUCUGCUUGUAAGCAAGACUGACUUGUUCCCACAGAGGUUAGAUUUGUAUAAAGACAUCAUUUGACAAAUGUCUAGUUCUUAGGCUUUGGAGCUACUUAAGCAUGCCCUCAAAGUUUUGGAGGGUGUCUUCAUCUGACCUUCUAAAUUACAGGAGCAUAUUAGCUGACUUGUCAGGUUCUGGAUCUGUGUUGUAUGUAGUUUUGUAGCAUAUUUGAUAUACAUGCUGAAAAUUGGCAUUCUAAAUGUCUAAAUAGGUAAGAUCUGCAAGCUUGAAUUUAACAAAAGGCAGAAGUAUUUAGUGAACAAAUUAAUGAAAUCAUCAUAGGUGCUUUGAAAACUUCUGAGAGAAUUGUAACCGCUUUGCUGUUGCCAAGAAUAUAGAGACUUAUUUUAUAAUAUAAAUUUAUACAUCAAUGCUGAAAGACAACACAAAUCAACGCACUUUAAAUCCCCACUGACAUCAGUGAGACAUCAAGUGCUACAGGAUCAAAUAGUUAAUAGUAUAGAAGGGCACUGAAUGCAGAUUUGAAUCUUCUGAUGGAAAGUUUCGCGUAUGUAUUAGCAGCGUAAUGUUACCACCCUGCUCAAGAAAGAAUAUUUACAUGUUUAGAAAGGGAGUAAGAGGAAAAGACAUGCCUACUUUCUGUUCUGGAAAUCUAAUCCUCUUAACCUGGUCAAGAGAUGUGGAAUUCAUUAGGAGUUGUCUUCAUUCAUAGGUGGUUAAAGCUUCAUUUUAAUUUAUCAAAAAGAAUUCAGGUUGAAUAUCUUGCAUGGUUAAAUAUUGGCCUCAACAAGCAUUUUAUGUUAAUCCUAAACUGUUCCUUUAACAUUUUGAUUUGCUUUAACAUUUGAAGCUUUUUCAAUGAUGUUUGGAUGACUUUCCUUCUUAUCCUCACUGUUUAUUAAGGAUGGGAUGGUCUACCAGUGGUGUGUGCUCUAUCAGCAAUCUGCAAAGACUAUCUUGGGAGCUGAUGAUUUACAGGACAGAAGUUGUCCAAUUUGAUGGCUAGCUGCCCCAUAGUAAGCCUCAUAUAUGAUUAGCAAUAACUAAAUAAAAGGGAGGUGUAGGUGGGGCAGCAGGGGACAAACAUGGUAGAUGUCAGACAUGGGAAGAAUCUGAGUUAUUCACUGAUUUAAACUUCUAUACUGCCUAUUUAUUUUCUUUAAAAAACAAAAAAAAACCACUUUCAGGUAUCUCUUGAAUGCUUGAGACAUCUAGAAAGAGGUUCGUCUGCUUAUGGAUAGAGAUAAGGAUAAACUAUUAACUUUUUGCAGGAAGUAGUUUUACAGUAAUGUGGGAGUUCUUUUUCUCAGAGCACAAGAACUCAGUGCCUGAAACAAAAUUACUAAAGAUCUGUACAAAAUUCUCGAAAGAAAAUAUACACUUAUGUUCAGCUUUCUGAGGACUGCCUUGUCAUAUGGUUCCUGUGAGAGGAAACAAGCUUGAAACAGCAUCUUUGUUUCUCAUGUAAAAUUCAGGUGCUAAAACGUUUCUCCAUAACUUUUUAGGCCUUCUGACAACCAUGCCUGGUUAUAUUAAAAAAAAAUCCUUUUGAUCUUCUGGAGGCCUUGGCAAUUUGAAUGUGAGCCCUUUCUUGGACAGUCAGAAUAGAAAAUGCUUGACUUAGUAAUGCUUGUUCAAUCUUUCCAAACUUUUUCUGUAAUGUGUCACAGAAAUCUUUCAAGGGAUAUAAGAAUCCUUCCUGAAACCCAAGUAUAUUCAUGGUCUUCAUCUCUGAGAUAUUGAACAGAUUCUAGAGUCAUCUUUACCCCUCCCACAAGCCCUGAAUUUCUAACAGAGGAUUGUCAUACUGGACAUGAUCCAUAUAGCUAAUUAAAAGUGCUUACAAAAGUUGCUAAGAGUUAUUUAGUGCUUCCUACUUUACAUAGGAAAUUGAAGGAAUGAGUGGAACUUGUCCCCUUAAAAAUGGUACAGCCUUUGUUGAAAUUGCUCUCAUUAUAGAAUAAUUACCAAAAAAAAGAAGAAAAUGUUGGCUUCCUCAUUACAUUGUCCUGCCAGUUGGAGUCAUUAAAGUCUUGAAUAAAUUCAUUGUUAGUUUUUAAGCAAGAAGCCAGUUACCUUUGUAAGGUUACUCUUGUCCUUUGAGAAGGUUGGAUUUUUCUUUACUUCAUUCCUGUUAAUGUUUUUGCAUAUGUGCCAUGGAUGAACAAACCAACUGGUACUCCUUUUCUAAUGUUAAAGGAUACAGACCACUUCUUCCUGUUCUGUCAUUCCCUUCUUUUUUUGUUAAGGUGUGGUAAUCCAUCCAUUUGUUGCACUUGGAUAUACUGUAACUCUUGACCAUGGAUGCUACUUUCUUGCCUCACUUUUUACUCAUGUUAAAAUAUGUAUUUCCUAUUAUUAAAUCUAUUUUCUUUAAAUCUA